AGAAUAUCUUCCGUGCUAGGGCUAGCUAUGGCGAGCACGAUGCGGCCAGCGCCUCCCGUGUGCUUGUGCGGCGAUGGCGCGGCUUCGUCUAGCAGCUGGACAUGGGUGGGAAGAAGCCGAAUUUCAUUCUCCGCGGUAAGGAGGCCUCGCAUUUUCGAUUUGGCGAUCAGAAGGAAGAAUCGUGUUCUCAAGUGCGUGGCGGCAAAGGCAGAGACGGAGCUGGACGGUGGGAGCUCGAGUGGAACCACUGUGGAGGAGGCGCCACCGGCUCCAAGCACAAGGCCUGAUGAAAAAAUCUCGAGCACGAUCUCUCAAGACUCGUCAUCUCCAAUUUCGUCUUGGCUCUAUCCCGACAAGGAGGACCUCCCCGACGACAAAGAGAUGACAAUCUUUGAACACUUGGAAGAGCUUCGGGAGCGUUUGCUCUUGUCGGUCGGAGCCGUGGGAGUGGCAAUGCUUGGCUGCUUUGCCUUCGCUAAAGAUCUCAUCAUGUACUUGGAAUCACCAGCACACGUACAAGGCGUUCGUUUCCUCCAACUCUCACCCGGCGAGUAUUUCUUCACAACUCUAAAGGUCUCUGGUUACUGCGGACUUCUCAUCGCCAGCCCAGUCAUUCUGUACGAGAUCAUCGCGUUUGUAGUCCCGGGGCUAACUCUGAGCGAGAGAAAGUUCCUGGGGCCUAUUGUUCUCGGAUCGUCCAUUCUCUUCUACGCAGGAUUGGCGUUCUCCUACUCGGUGUUGACUCCGGCAGCGCUAAACUUCUUCGUUUCCUACGCCGAAGGAGUGGUAGAAUCGAUCUGGUCGAUCGACCAGUACUUUGAGUUCAUCCUCGUGCUCAUGUUUAGCACAGGUCUCGCCUUCCAGGUUCCAGUGAUACAACUUUUACUGGGACAAACCAAGCUUGUCACUGGCGAUCAAAUGCUAUCGGUGUGGAGAUAUGUUGUUGUCGGUGCUGUUGUUGCUGCUGCAGUUCUCACGCCCUCUACAGAUCCGCUAACGCAGAUCCUUUUGGCCGGUCCCUUGAUUGGACUGUACCUGGGUGGGGCAUCUCUCGUCAAGUUACUCCAAGCUGGAGAGACUUCCUGAGACACAUACAAAUUCUAACUAUAUUUAUUAAAACAUGUCUAUAAUUUUAAACAUUUAUGAGAGGAAAUUAUUUUCUUUAAUAGAAAUUUAAUAUAAACAUUACCUUAAGUA